AUGAAGGUGAAAACGGUGCUGAUAGCGUGGCACGGACGAGAGCCCGUUUACAGCAUUGAUUUUCAUAGCUCGGGUCGCAUCGCCACCGGCGGUGCCGAUAAUUGUGUAAAUAUAUGGAAGGUUGCGGCUGCAAUGGACGGGGACGUGCAGGUGGAGUUCCAGGCCAACCUCACGCGCCACCAGAAGGCCGUCAACGCCGUCCGCUUCUCUCCCAAUGACGGUACAGUGAUGGUGUGGCAAUUUGUGAGCGAGGGAGCAGUGGCGCCCGCAUUCGGCGAGGAGACCGAGAUCGUGAACAAGGAGACAUGGAACGUCGUGCGACUGCUUAGCUCUGACCGCACUGUCCGCAUCUACAAGGCGGCGCGAUCGCAGCCCGCCGUGAAGAAAGAUACAGCGCAGGAGGAGUCCGGUGUCAGCGUGCCAGCGACGGCGCCUUCGCCGGCCAAGGUGGUCUACUCCAAACUGGUCACGGCCAACGUCAUCUCCUCGGCGCCUGGACUUGAGGCCAAGGCGGCUUCAGGCCCCGUGCAAACGCACAAGCAGAAGCUGUUCCUCGACGAGACAACCCCAUCAUUCUUUCGCCGCUUGGCUUGGAGCCUGGACGGUAGUCUGUUGGUGACACCUAUGGGACAGUUCUACGCUACGUCUGGCCCUAGUAGCGCGAGCAGCAGCAGCAGCAGCGUGCCAAUGCCGGACGACAAGGAGAAUGUCGCUCCUGAGCACCUGCCAUCAAACUGCCUUUACGUCUUCACCAGAGGCGUAUUGAACAGGCCGGCCUUGUGCCUCCCGUGCGGACCCAAGCCAGCGGUGGCCGUGCGCUUCAGCCCGCAGAUCUACAAGCUGCGACCAACGGAAACGACGCCCACCUUCAAGCUCGAUUACAGAAUGGUGUUUGCCGUUGCCACGUUCGACAGCGUGCUCGUAUAUGACACUCAGCACGGCUAUCCGUUGUGCCACAUCACUGGACUACACUACGCCUCACAGACUGAUCUCUCUUGGGCGAGCGACGGACAGAUGCUCGCAGUGACAUCGACCGACGGCUACUGCACCUUCAUUUCCUUUGCCGCUGACGAACUGGGCGAGCCCAUUCCCUCUUGCGACCGCGCGCAGCUCCUCAACCCACCUGCUGUGCUCCCGUGA